GCCCGGAGCUGUCGGUGAACAACUGUUAAGCUGUCAUAAUCCAUGGCAAAACUCUCUCUCAUUUCUUUCAGUAGUAGUUACUCUCCUUCUUCGUUACUCAAGUACCUAUCUAUAUAGAGAGAGAAGUUGGAAGAGUAGUGAAGUGAAGAGAGAGAUUUAGAUCUGGGAAGUGGGUCAUUUCAAUGGCUUCCAAACUAUUAAUUGUCAUUGUCUUCAUUUUUGAUCUUAUUGCUUUUGGUUUGGCUGUUGCUGCUGAGCAGAGACGAAGCACUGGCAAAACAAAGACGGAUGGCGAAAAUAAUUACCAGUACUGUGUUUAUGACUCUGAUAUUGCAACUGGAUAUGGUGUCGGUGCAUUUUUGUUCCUCUUGGCCAGUCAAGUGCUUAUAACGGUUGCAAGUAGAUGCUUCUGCUGUGGAAAGGCUCUAAACCCCGGAGGUUCAAGGGCUUGCGCACUUAUUCUUUUCAUGAUCUGCUGGGUGACAUUCUUCAUUGCCGAGGCAUGCUUGCUGGCGGGUUCAGUGAGAAAUGCUUACCACACCAAGUACAGGUCAAGGUUUUUCGAGGACCCUCCCUCUUGUGAGACUGUUAGAAAGGGCGUUUUUGCAGCAGGAGCAGCUUUCGUUUUUUUCACUUGCAUGAUCUCCGAGUUUUAUUAUAUUAGUUUUUCUAAGGCGAAUGGAAGCUCCUGACCAUACGGAGGUGAAGGCCAAUUUUGGAUGGGAACGUACAUGUGAAUGUCAUUGAAUAAGUUCGCAAUUGUCUGAAAAUUAUUCGUCAUAUUGGUUUUUCUAUUUGCUGCUCAUCUUGUUAUAGAGUCUAGUUCAGUUGAAGAAAUCUUGAAUUCUUACACUUCAUUUCGUAAUUUAGAUUUUUGUAUGCCCUUUUAAAAGACUUCCUUAAUGUUUAUUUGGUUAUCUCUAGGAAUCAUUUAUUUUGGUUCUUCAUUGAAAACACAUCCCAAUAA